AUGACUAGUUUUGUUACUUACGCCUACUUCAUCAUUCUAUCAACCUCCUUCACAACCAUUCAUGGACUAUUCUCAGAGCAAUCUCCUAUAUCCCUGUCUGCAUUACAAAUGGAGAAACAUACCCGCCUCCACUUCUAUUUCCAUGACAUCCAAAGCGGCCAAAAUCCGACUGCCAUAAGAAUUGUUAGGCCACCAAAUAAGCCGGUUGAUAGUUUCGGAACUACUUUUAUUACAGAUGAUGUACUGACUGAAAAGCCAGAGGCUAGCUCAAAGCUUGUAGGGAGAGCUCAGGGCAUUUAUGCUUUUGCUUCUCAACAUGACUCAGUGUUGCUCAUGGUCCUGAAUUUUGCUUUCAUAGAGGGUAUGUACAAUGGCAGUACCCUUAGCAUUCUUGGGAGGAAUCCUUUUAAGAAUGCCAUGCGAGAGAUGCCUAUCGUAGGAGGCAGUGGAGUUUUCCGGUAUGCACGGGGCUAUGCACUAGCAAGGACAUUCUCCUUCAAUCCAAAGACCGGAGACGCUGUUGUCCAGUACAAUGUGUCUGUGUUGCACUACUAG